GAUGGCGGCCUUGGACAGGGUCAAGGUGUUGGUGUUGGGCGACUCUGGUGUCGGAAAGUCUUUGCUUGUUCACCUCUUAUGUCAAAACCAAGUGCUGGGAAACCCAUCCUGGACGGUGGGCUGCUCGGUGGAUGUUCGAAUCCAUGACUACAAAGAGGGGACUCCAGAAGAGAAGACCUACUACAUUGAGCUGUGGGACGUUGGAGGUUCAGUGGGUAGUGCCACUAGUGUGAAAAGCACACGAACAGUGUUUUAUAACUUGCUGAAUGGGAUAAUUUUAGUGCAUGACUUAACCAAUAAGAAAUCAUUGCAGAAUUUGUACCGCUGGUCUUUGGAAGCACUCAACAGAGAUGUCGCUCCAACAGGAGUUCUUGUGGCAAAUGGGGACUAUGACCGUGAACAGUUUGCUGAUAACCAGAUUCCACUGCUGGUAAUAGAAACUAAGCUGGAUCAGAUCCCAGAAACUAAGCGGAAUGAAGUUUUGACCAGAACAGCUUUCUUGGCUGAGGAUUUCAACGCUGAAGAGAUUAAUUUGGAUUACACCAAUCCUCGUUACCUGGCUGCAGGUUCAUCCAAUGCUGUCAAACUAAGCAGGUUUUUUGAUAAGGUCAUAGAGAAGAGAUACUUCUUAAGAGAUGGCAAUCAGAUUCCUGGCUUCUCUGAAAGGAAGAGGUUUGGAGGAGGAACACUGAAGAGCCUUCAUUAUGAUUGAACACUUAAGAAGUGGAAGAUGACCUCUCAGAGUUCCUAACAACAUUCCUAUUCUGAUUGGAUGCUUAAAGACAAUAAUGCUUAUGUCAAGCAGAGUAAAAUGAUACAGACUGUUGAAGCUACUUUUGCUGGAAAAGACUU